GGGGCGGGAUCGGCGCGUGCCUUGCGCAUCACUUUGUUUGUGUUUUGGUUGCAAAGCAUGCAGGGGUGGUGAUAGCAGCUUACAGUUUGAGGAGUAUGUAGCUGAGCUUAUAGUAAUUAGAAGCAGGAGAGCUUGUAACAGUAUUCCAGCUGAGGGACAGCCACAAAGGACGAAAAUUAGAAAAAUAGCAAUACAAUGACGCGCCUCUGAUUGGGCAACAUGCUUAUUUACUGUAUACGCAUAGUUAAAUAAAUACACGAUGCAAAUGGCUGGUAGCUGCGAAGCAAGUUUUUGUUUUUUAAUUCUUUGACCCGAUUUCAUAUGCAUAAAUCCUGACAACAUACACCAAGCAGUUUGCUAAAUUUACUGGAAAACUGUGUUUAUUAGGAAUUUGCAGACAGCAGCACUCCAACAAGCAAGUACGAGGGGGCGGUGGCUAAUGAGCUGAGUACGUGCAGCAACAACGUCCUGCUCAGGUGAAAGAAAGAAGGGAGAGUGCGUAUGUAUGGCCGGGUUGUGUGUAUUCCCUGUUCGACGCCAUGCCAAAUCAGAAAAGUACUAAAGCAAAGAAAAACAGACGCACCAAUAGCAGCGGAGAUGAGCAGGACAACAGUGCUGGAGCGGCUGCAGCCUGUGUUGCUGGUGCCACAGCAGCUCCUACUACUGUACCUUCUGCUCCACAAGAAACUGGGAAUGAUGCUCCUUGUGCUACACCACUAAUCUGCAGUUUUGCAAGGCCAGUGGAUUUAGAGAAGGAUGAAUACCAAAAAGUCAUAUGUAAUAAUGAACACUGUCCCUUUGGCAGCUGGAUGCACCUUCAGUGUUUUUAUGAAUGGGAAAGCAGUAUACUUGUUCAAUUUAAUUGCAUUGGCAGAGCACGUAGCUGGAAUGAAAAACAGUGUCGUCAGAACAUGUGGACAAAGAAAGGUUAUGAUCUUGCUUUUCGUUUCUGCUCUUGCCGCUGUGGACAGGGUCACUUGAAGAAGGACACUGACUGGUACCAGGUGAAACGUAUGCAGGAUGAGCGGAAGAAGAAAACGUCUGUGGAAAAGAGCUCAAAGGGUACUUCUGAAUGUCAGGAUGACUCCAAAAAAGGCAAGCCUGCUCUGAAGCCUCAUCGUACUGCUAGCCAUGAGCUGUCGCAUAGAAAUUUAGUAGAUCGCCAGAACUCUCAAGAGAAGGGGGCAAGCAACGGUGGCCAUAGUCUCCGUUCUCCCUGUGAUUCCCCUGGCCAGUCUCCUCCUUCUGGUUAUGCCAUUCUUGCAUCUUCAUACUUUAGUGGACCUCGUGGCUCACGGCACUUAGGUGAAUUUCUGAAAAAUGCUGUCCAUUUAGAAACUCACAGAAAAAAUAUGGCAAGUUCAGGGUUGCUUCGCAGUACACAUUAUGACUGUGUGUCUUCUGGGUUACAAAUGCAUAGAACUGGACAUCCGGAUACUCCUGUUCAGUUUCUUAGGAGACUGGAUCUUUCAGAUUUGUUUAAUCAUAUACCAAGGCACAAGUUAAACACGUUCCAUGUACGCCUGGAAGAUGAUGCUCAGGUGGGCCAAGGAGAGGAUUUACGGAAAUUCAUCCUUACAGCACUUAGUGCAAGUCAUAGAAAUGUUUUGAACUGUACUUUAUGCCACAGGGUGCUGCCAGUUUUUGAACAGUUUCCACUUGUUGAUGGCACCCUGUUCCUUAGUCCCUCCAAACACGAUGAGAUUGAAUAUGAUGUACCUUGUCACCUUCAAGGAAGGCUUAUGCAUCUGUAUGCAAUUUGUGUAGACUGUUUGGAAGGUGUUCACAAGAUCAUCUGCAUAAAGUGCAAAUCACGAUGGGAUGGAAGCUUGCACCAGCUGGGCACUAUGUAUACGUACGACAUCUUGGCUGCUUCCCCAUGUUGUCAGGCUCGCCUGAACUGCAAGCACUGUGGGAAGCCAGUGAUAGAUGUUAGAGUGGGAAUGCAAUAUUUUUCUGAAUACAGCAAUGUUCAGCAAUGUCCACACUGUGGAAAUCUAGACUACCACUUUGUAAAGUCAUUUUCAUCCUACAAAGUAUUAGAGGCAUAUUGACGACCGCUUUGCUUUAGUAGUAGCUGUUUUAUAAACACUUUGAUAACUAUAUUGCUUUUUGUAGUAUUUAUUCAGUUACAAAAUGACUUUUCUAACAAGGAUUCUUUGUACGUGGUUACUGAGUAUAAAUUAGUAAACUUCUAAGAUGAUUUGACUUCCUCAAAGAGGGGACGCAUAGAUAAAGGUUGACAAGUGAAUGUAUUUUAAUGCCCACUGGAGGCUUAUGUUGCAGCAUCCAUUUGAACAUCAGCACGAGGACCCAAUAUGUUCUGUAAUAAAUACUGCAUUGGACAUGUAACUCUGCUGUGGUGCUACAAGCUUAAAAAUGACAGAUUAACCAUUAUUUUGCUGCUGCCUUAUAAAUCCAUUUUUGCCAUGUCAGUAUUAAGAAAUGUCCCAAUUUGUAAGUUUUAAGAAUUUACACUGGAUUAAACAGUGCUACUAAAAAUAUGUAUUUUGGGGUGCUGAAGGAUGCAUAUUGAAGUAUUAUUGUAAGUCUUUCAGAAUUUAAAGGAGAAGCUGGAGAGUGCCUGAGAGGAAAUAUUGACUUUACCGUGAGCAGAAUUUUCUUUGGGGUCUGCACUUCAUCAUUCAUGUCUUGGAAGUUUUGUCCAUGUGAUUCAGGAUAAAAAAAUGGAAAAUAUAACUUGCUUUCGUGAGCUUAAUUAAAGGGUGUCAGGUA